GUCGUCGCGAUGUCAAAAUAGUUUCAUCCUUCGGUUUGUUUUGGUUGCAUUUCUCGCAAGUAAUCUCCUGUUUGUGAUUGCCGAUAACAGUGAUUUCGCAAGUUGCUCUCCCGGUUAUUCGCCCGUACGUUUGCGACCCUCGACUGCCGGACGCUAUGUCCAGCGGAAGCAUCUCCAGAAUGAAGGUUCUUUCGUUGUAUAGACAGUUGAUUCGUGAAUCGCAAAAGUUCACCUCCUACAAUUUCCGAAAUUACGCCUUGAGACGCAUUCGGGACUCGUUCCGGGACAAUAAGGCGCUCAAUGAUUCGGCACUGAUCGAGAGCCAGCUGCAAUUCGGACAGAAGAAUCUGGAGAUGAUUAGGCGACAGGUACUGGUCAGCCAGCUCUACCAAACAGACAAGCUGGUCAUCGAACAAAGUGGCAGCUCACAAUCGCCCUAGAAUGGUGACGACCGAAUGACAACCUAUUGGGGGUAGUUAAGUAGAUGAUCGUUACAAUAAAGUGGUAAUUGAACGGCGAGCUAUUGCAGAACCAUCACUCAAAUAAUUCUGGAACGUAAGUUUUUCUUUGCUUCUCUUUAUUCAAUUUUCGAAAGGAAAAUUUGCUAAGCCACAAAAACCAAUUAAAAUCUUUUAAGAAACGAUCAAUUACAACUAGUAGUUUAUGUAUGUAUUACACAUUAUAUCGAACGUCAUUCUGAUGACAAAAGCUCGUUUUGAACACUGCGUUUUUUUCUUUAUGCCAAGUUUACCUAGUUUGUAGACUAAGGGGGUGACAAAAAAUAAGAACAAUAAAUUGUUAGAUUUA